AUGAGCCUCAAGUCCCCAAUGUCUGCUCCUCAGUUUGAGAGCAAAUGCAGCCAUAUUAUGGCUAGAAAUGGAGGUUGUUUUCUAGUCCGGCACACCCCUCAUCCCAGAAGGGUGUGCCACAUCAAAGGUUUGAAUAACAUUCCCAUCUGUACUGUGAAUGAUGAUGAGAACUCACUGGGAACAUUGUGGGGUGUUGGCCAGUUCAACCACUUAGAGAAGGAUGAGACACCAUUUGCCAAAUGCGGUUACCCACCCAGCACUGCGAACCUGGAGAGUCCUGUCAGAGAAGUCACACCGGCUCCAAACCAUAUCAAAAUGCCCCCUCGGCCUCAUUCUGAGCCCUGCAGAAAAAUCAGAGAGUGCUUCAAAACUUCCAGUGAGAAUCCCUUAGCAAUUAAAAAGGAAGAAAUUAAGGUAAAAAAGCCACUGUCACCUCCAAAGUCAUGCUCUACUGCUGGCUCUUGUUCUUCAGAGGUGAUGAGUACCAAGACCGACGUCAAAGAGAACACCAUUUGCAUACCAAACUAUCUGGAUCAGGAAAUCAAAAUUCUGGCAAAGCUCUGUAACGUUUUACGUACUGAUUCCCUGGCGGAAGUUCUACAGUGGCUGGUUCAUGCCAGCACAAAAGAAAAAGAGUGGAUCUCAGCUUUGAUUCAUGCUGAAAUGGCUGAGAUAAAUUUGUUGACUCAACGAAGAAACAUCUCAGCAGAACUAGCAACAAAGAGUAGGAAGCCACCCAAAGUUAAAUCGCCCCCAAAUUUACCUGCAAAAUCUGAAGUACUGACCAAAUCGAGGGAAAGACAGCAACCAGCCAGAGUGUCAAGUCAAGGAUCUGAAGGAAAUAAGGAAGUACCAAAAGAGGCUGAACACAGGCCUCCAUUUUUUAUAAGAAGAAAUAAGAUGAAAAUGCCCAUUGCAGAAUAUUUCAGCAGACCAAAAUCUCCUCCCAGGCCUAAAACUCAGGAAAUCAUAUCAACAAAACCAAUGUCAGCAAGAAGUAUACACCAAGGAUGCACUCUCUCUCCCCAGAGAGCAUUUUAUCCUUUAACAUCCCAAAGGUAG